CAGGCGCGCACGCGCAACUCCAGGGAGGGAGGGAGGGAGGGAGCCUCCCCGCGUAUUUCCUUCAACGGACGCGCGAGCGCGCGCCUAGUAGCCGGCGCGUCGAGACCAACGCGAGUUCGUCCGAGUCCAACUCGCGGAGGAGAAAACGAGACCAAGCGGCGGGACGUCACGACAAGCGACGACCGACAACCGAGCAGUGGAGAGAGAUGACGGCGCGUCCCGCGGCCGGCGGGCCGGUCCUGAUGGCGGUCCUGCUCCGGGUCCUGGUCUUGGUCUCCGGGUACACCUUGGACGUGGAACGGGCGCUGCGCUUCGACGGAGCUCCGGCCUCCAUGUUCGGAUACUCGGUGCUGCUCCACCGGCACGGGAAGCGCAGCUGGUUGCUGGCGGGGGCUCCGGUGGACAACUCUUCUUCGUGGCCUUCUUCUUCGUCGUCUCCAGGCGGCGUUUACCGUUGCGCCGUCGGCGCGGAGCGACCCAACUGCCGGCUGAUGCCCGCCGACACGACGGCGGAGUGCGGGAAGACGUGCUGGGCCGAGAGCGACCACCAGUGGUUGGGCGUCAGCCUGUCGGGACAAGCCGGCCGGCGCGGCGGAGCGGGAGGACACGUCCUGGCGUGCGCGCACCGCUGGAAGAACGUCUUCUACUCCAGGAACGACGGGCAGAACAACAAACUGCCGCACGGCCUUUGUUAUCGCUAUGACGACAGCCUCACGCACGCGCAGGCCAUCAUACCCUGCUACAGAGACCACCAGAGGAAGUUUGGCGAGGAGUACGGCUCCUGCCAGGCCGGAAUGGCCAACCAACUGGCUCAGGACCUGAUCGUCAUGGGCGCUCCGGGGACGUCGUACUGGACGGGUUCCGUGCUGGUCUUCAACACGUCCGGCGGCGUCAUGUCCGCCUACCUGGACCACGACGGCUCGGUGGGCUUCGGAAGCUACUUGGGCUACUCGGUGGACGCGGGGCACUUCCUGGACGCGACUACCUUGGAGGUGGUGGGAGGCGCUCCGCAGUACAACCAGAGGGGAAAAGUGUUCAUCUUCUCAGUGGACGGCAACAUGCUACGUGUGCUAACUCACGUGUCAGGAACAGAGCUCGGCUCCUACUUUGGCGCGAGCGUGCGCGCGGUGGACCUGAACGGCGACCAGCUAUCGGAUCUCUUGGUGGGCGCUCCCAUGGCGACGGGCGCCAGCAGGGAGGAGGGCCGCGUUCACGUCUUCCUCAACCGGGGGCGGGCGCAGCUGGUGGAGGCGGAGUUUCAGCUGAGCGGGGGCGGCGCCCACGCCGCCCGAUUCGGGGAGACCAUCGCGGACUUGGGGGACCUGGACGACGACGGCUAUCCGGAGGUGGCGGUGGGGGCCCCCCAGGAGGACGAUCUCAAAGGGGCCGUGUACAUCUACAACGGCGGGAGACGCGGCAUCUCGCAAACGCCAUCGCAGAGGAUCAGCGGGGCGGCGCUGGGCGCUGACCUGCGCAUGUUCGGCCAGUCGCUGAGCUCGGGCGCGGACGUCGACGACAACGGCUACCAAGACGUCGCCGUGGGCGCCUUCCUGUCGGACGCCGCCGUGGUCCUCAGGUCUCGUCCCGUCCUGCGGGUGGCGGCCUCGCUCGUCCUGCCCGAGAACAUCCGGCGGCAGGCGGCCAGCAUCGACGUCGGCGUCUGCUUCCGAGUCACCUCCAGACACUACAAAGGAGCCGUCGAUCUUCAGUACAACCUGACCUCCGACCUCCUCCGCCAGCCGUCCUUCCCCCACCGUUUCUAUUUCCACGGCAACGGCUCAUCCAAUAGCACCAGGGCCCGCGUCAGGCUGCGCCUCGGACAGCUCGGCUGCACCAACCACGUGGCGUAUCGGAAGAAGGACGUGCGCGACGUUUUCACGCCGGUCCGUUUCAAAGUGUCCUACGGCCUGCGCAAGACGACCGCUCCCAAGCACGCCGGCAAAGCCUUUGCGCCGCUCAGGCCGGUCCUGCAGAGGGCGGCGGGGAGCGGCAAUACCGUCAGCAACCAGACGCUGUUCGCUCGCCGCUGCGUCCUGGCCAACUGUUCGACGGACUUGCGACUGGACGCCGCGCUGGUCCUGCCUGGGGGCGCCGGCUACUUUGCGGCGGGCUGCGGCGGCGGCCUGAUGCUCAAUGCCAGCCUGGCGGUGGGCGGAGACGACGCCUUCCUGCCGCGGCUCGCCCUGCGCUUGCCCCGCGACCUGCACUACGUCAAAGUGGCGGACAACGAGGACGAGGUGGUGAGUUGCGACGUCGCGGAGGAAGCCGACCGCACGGGGGCCACCGUCAGCUGCAGCUUCUCCGGCCUCAUCCUGCCAGCUGGCUCCCUGGUGAACGUCAGCUUCCUGUUGGACGUCAACCGCAAUGCCACACCGGGCCACCUGGUGGUUGAAGCCCGCGCCGACAGCGAGAACCUGGAAAGCUCCGAGUAUCUCCACGACAACGCCGUCACCUUGUCCCUUCCUCUCAAGUACGCCGUCGACGUCAGCAUCCACGGUUUUGUGACGCCGACGUCGUUUGUGUUUGGAGACGAAGACGGCGCGGCGGUCCAAUGCUACUCGCAAAGCUUCAACUACACGUACAAGGUGUUGAAUUCGGGUCCGAGCAGGUCGCCGGACACGCUGGUGGAGGUGACGCUCCCCAAGCUGCUGACGCCGUACCCGCACCGCUUGCUCCAGGUGGCGCACUGGCAGACGUCGCAAGGCGCCUGCUACGUCAGCGACGCGACCGUCCCCGUCGUCGACGACUGCGACGUCCCGCGGGCGUCCCUCUUGAAGCAAACGGUCUUCUUCUUCUCGCCCACCUCCACGCGCAACAUGUUCUGCGGGCGCGGCGACCAGCUGUGCGAACGACUUCUAUGUCACCUGGGCACCAUCGAGGCCGGUCGAGACGCGACCGUUCGGCUGGAAGUGCGACUCAACCCGGACGUCCUGCUGCAAGCGCCCGGUCGCCACGGCGUGGUCAUGCUGGAGAGCAGGGCGCUGAUGUCAUCGCCCAAGAAUGACCAACACACCGUCCUGGAGCGAGAGCGAAGCCCCGCCGCGCAGGUGGUGGUGGAGGCGCACUUCAGCCGAAAACCGUCGUCGGCCAUCAAGGUGCUCAUCGUGGUGGUGGGUUUGCUCGUGGGUCUGAAGAUCCUGGCGGCACUCGUCUGGUGCUUGUGGAAGGCGGGUUUCUUCAAGCGGGCCUCGCAGAAGAGCGAGGACGAGGAGGAGGAGUUGAAGCGCGACAGCUGGGACUACGUCCCCAAACGCGGCGUCAGGGGCGAGAGCGCGUCCUAACGACACGCUGGGGGGGGCGCCGAAACGGAGAAGAAACUUCGGGUUUCGCCGAGACAGCGCUUCCUGUUGGCGGGUGACCCUUUCUGCCGGGACUGCAGCGCUUCCUGCUCGGUGGCCGCGGCUUCCCGCUACACUUCCUGCCCGAUGUGAACCCCCCCCCCCAAAAAAGGCUUCUUCAAGCACACUGCUGCUACACUUUCCUAUUGCUGUCCUGACAUUUCCUGCUGAGCGAUGAGACUUUGUGCCUGGAAUGCAACACUUGCGGCUCCGCUUUGCUGUCACGUGACCGCCCGUUGAAGUCACUGUCAACCUUUUUUCCGAAUCUUGUUUUUAUUUUGACACACUUUCUCUUUUGUUUGUAUGUUUUUAAAGUGCCUUGAUUAUUUUUCCAUUAAUUGUAUGACAAAGAAGCUCGGAGCGCGUCACUUUGUGUCACCGGUGACGUUUUUUGCCCUCCUGAUGUCAACUUGUCGUCCACUGGAAAGUCUUGCUGCCCAGUCAGCAAAAUUGGUCUGGCAGACGCGGCACGUACGCUCGGCCCACGUACCUGGAUGAAUGACGGUCCUGCAGCGGCCCACGCCUGGCAUCCACGAUGUGGGCCCGGAUCUGAGCCGCAUUGUAAAACCAUAUCUGGCGCUAUUCCGGCCCGACGCUGGGCCAGAACGGGUUCCUGGUAUCAGCCCGAAUUCAACCUCAACUAAGCCGCAUCUUUCAUGAGCCACAUUUGAGCCGCAAUAAAAAAAAAAAGACUGUGAUAAAAAGAUGUUUAUUGUCAUAAGUUGUGAACCUCACAUAUAACACCACAUACACUUUUCUUUAUUCAACAGUGAACACAAAGUCCAAAUUGGGAUGCAGCUUACCCUUGAACUGUAUUUUUCUGUCCAUCAAAUUGUUGAGCUCGCCAUGUACUCUUUUCUUUUCAUGCGCUCCUUCCUGUCACCAUCCCGAACAGGAGCCAGAUGAAGCCAUCUUUGAUUUGUGACAUCAAUUUCCUGGUCUGAGGCCAUGUGUAGUAAGGCGUUUUUAGCCGAAAGAAA